AUAGCAAUGGCUUGAACUACAAUCCAAAGCAAAACUUAACUUUCACAGCAUCCUGGGUAUCGGGCCGUGGAAAAAGCAAAGGAGAAAGGAUUUCUGUUUUUAGAGUAAUUGCCACUCUCGUAUCAUGCUUGCCACUCUGAGGAGUGCUCGCAACCUCUUGACAUUCACGAAUGCGAGAGGCGUCCAGACCUCAGCAGUUCGAGCAUCAGAUCAUCUGUUCGUUCACAGGGAUAGCGAGCAAGACAAUCCAAACAUACCAUUUGAGUUUGAUGAAGUAAACAAGAAACGUAUAGAUGCUCUUCUUGCUAUUUAUCCUGAAGGCCACAAACGUGGUGCUAUGAUUCCCUUGCUUGACUUAGCGCAGAGACAACAUGGUUGGCUUCCUAUCUCUGCUAUGCACAAGGUGGCUGAAAUCCUAGAGGUGCCUCGUAUGAGAGUGUACGAGGUUGCAACUUUCUAUACUAUGUUUAACAGAAAACCCAUGGGAAAGUACCAUAUUCAAGUUUGUACCUGUACCCCAUGUUGGCUUAGAGAUUCCGACUCUGUAUUAAAUGCAGUGAGCAAAGCUGCAAACUGUGAGGUUGGUGGUACGUCACCGGAUUCUAUUUUCACUAUCUCUGAAGUAGAAUGUCUUGGAGCCUGUGCUAAUGCACCAAUGCUACAGGUCAAUGAUGAUUACUAUGAGGAUCUUACUGCGGAGACAGCUGAAUCCAUAAUAAAUGCUUUGAAGAAAGGUGAAAGACCUCCACCAGGGCCACAGAAUUCUCCACGUUUUGCUGCUGAACCUGCAGGAGGUCUUACAUCUUUAACUAGCCCACCUCCUGGCCCUGGUGAAGGUGUACGCUCGGAUCUUUAGAAUCCUCAAAUUGUUACCAUCAUAGUACGAGUGCUAAGCAUCGUGUAAACAAUAUUGCAAUAUAUGUGUCAAGCCCAAUAAAUUAUAAAAUAUUAUCGUUAAAA